AUGAAGCGUUCAUUAAAGCGCACUGCAGUGCGGCGCGCUAUGGUCGGCCAUGAAAGAUAUAAAUAUGAACCUUUGCCCUCGUCGGAAGAAGAUUCAGAUCCAGUUACUAGCACAGAUUCAGAUGAUAUUCUCCAGAGUCUAGAGCAGCAUCUGAGGACGUUCAAAAAAAGAUCAAGGAGAAAAGUGAUCAAUAUGGGUAUUGCCGCCGUUGUAAUAUUGGGACUUGUAUAUUGGGCAGCAGUAGGCUUUGGGUUACCUACCAAUUCAUCAUGUGAUACUGUCAAUGCUGGAUACUAUUGUCAACCAGAGAUCUCACAUUUCUGGGGCCAAUAUUCGCCAUAUUUUGCAGUUCCCUCGGAGAUUAGUGCUUCAGUCCCUGAUCAAUGUGAAAUAUCAUUUGCGCAGAUCUUGUCUCGUCAUGGAGCUCGAGACCCCACAUCUGGCAAGACAGCAACAUAUACGGCUCUCGUAGAUAGAAUCCAGAACACUACGACUUCCUAUGGAGCAGGCUAUACCUUCAUAAAGGAUUACGAAUAUUCUUUGGGAGCUGAUCAGCUUACGGUAUUUGGACAACAGGAAUUGAUCAACUCCGGUAUCAAGUACUAUAACAGAUACAAGUCCCUCGCUUCAACUAUCACCCCUUUCAUUCGUUCUUCUGGGCAAGAUCGUGUUGUCGAGUCUGCCCAAAACUGGACCCAAGGGUUUCAUUCUGCUCGCUUGGAGGACUCGUUGUCCGGAGCAAAUGCUAGCUACCCUUACGACAUCCUCAUCAUUAGUGAAGAUACAGGUAGUAAUAACACUCUCGACCAUGGUCUCUGUACCAGCUUUGAAGAUGGGUUUGACUCCACCAUUGGAGAUUCUGCCCAAGCUACCUGGGCGUCAAUUUUUACCCCGAAUAUCACAUCCCGUCUCAAUAAAAACCUCCCCGGGGCCAACCUCACCAAUACCGAUACCUUAUAUUUCAUGGAUCUCUGUCCCUUCAACACCGUCGCCUCUCCCACCGGCACUCUUUCUCCAUUUUGCAAUAUCUUCACCGCAGCCGACUGGAAAGCAUACGACUACUACCAAUCCCUCGGUAAAUAUUACGGCUAUUCCUGGGGCAACCCACUGGGUCCCACACAAGGUAUAGGCUUCACCAACGAGCUCAUCGCACGCCUCACCAAUAACCCCAUCCACGAUCAUACCUCCACGAACCACACUCUCGACGACGAUCCCGCCACAUUCCCCAUCGACGCCUCCAUCAAACUCUACGCGGAUUUCAGCCACGACAACGACAUGACUGCCAUUUUUUCCGCCCUCGGUCUCUAUAACUCCACACAUGCAUUAUCAAACACGACACGAGAAAAUACGUCGCAAACGAAAGGCUAUUCGGCUAGUUGGUCAGUUCCAUUUGCAGCAAGGAUGUACGUCGAGAAAAUGACGUGUGCAGGAGAGAGUGAGGAGUUGGUGAGAGUCAUUGUUAAUGAUCGCGUGCUGCCAUUAGAGAUGUGUGGUGGUGAUGAGUUGGGCAGAUGUGGAUUGGUGAGGUUUGUGGAGAGUUUGAGCUUUGCGGUUGAAGGGGGUGAUUGGGGGAGCUGUUUUACUUCUUGA